UGUGCGCAAAUAUGCUACAUAGUGUGUCAAGCAGGGGGAAAAAACACACGAACAAAGCGUAAAUGGUUAAAUAUAGGCUAUCAACGUGCGAAAAACGGAAGAGGGAUCAACAGGGACGCACUCAGAAACUUUCUGAAUCGUGCAGCACGCGAGUAGGCUGCAAUGUUGAUGGGCAUGAGAAAUGAAGACCGCGUAUAAAAGAAGAGCGCGACUGUCACCUACCUACUACUUCAGCGCGUUAGAAAUGCGUCUUCACGGCAAUGCCUGAGGCAAGGUCAAGACAAACUGUUAACAUUUUUUAGUCCUAGGCUAUAGGCUGACAGCUGACUGUAAAUAGCCUACGCAUCAAACCUGGUGCCACUAUGUCCAGACAGAGCGAUGAGCGGGACACUGGCACUUUGAGGAAACUGAGUAGUGUGUUCUCAACCAUUAAUGCAAAACUUCACAAGUACGGAGGAGAGAGGACUCCCUCUGGUACAAAUUCAGGUCCCCAGGCACCAGACUCUGCCCGAACCCAGGACCAGAGCAAUGCCAGUGGGCAAUUCUUCUUUGAGUACCUGGUGGUGGUCAGCCUCAAGAAGAAAAGGGGCCAGGAUGGCUACGAACCACAGAUCACUUACCAGUUUCCUAAGCGUGAUACAAUGGGUCAGUCACAGAGAGAGGACGAGGAGAAGUCUUUAAAAGCCAUCACUCUCUUUUGCUUUCCUGAGGGUGUGAACUGGGCCCCACUGACUGAAUACACCAGUGAAACCUUCUCUUUCGUUUUGACUGAAAUCGAUGGUAGCAGGCGGAACGGCUAUUGCAGAAGAUUACUGCCGACUGGCAAAGGUGCACGUCCACCAGAGGCCUACUGCAUCAUCAGUCGAGUCGCUUGCUUUGGCCUUUUCUCCAAGAUAUUCGAUGAGGUGGAGAAACGAAGACAGAAGUCCAUGGCUAUGAUCUAUCCCUUCAUGCAGAGCCUGAGGGAAGCCCCUUUUCCUGCCCCUGGCAACACAGUUAAGAUCAAGAGCUUCAUCCCUGAGUCCGGAACUGAGAUUAUCAGUCUCACACGACCCACAGACUCAUGGCUAGAGCACGUGGACUUCCGGACGCUCUUCUGCUGCCUUAGGGAUGAGGAGGUGCUUCAGGUGUUUGCUGCCACCGUGCUGGAGCGCCGAAUCAUCUUCAUUGCUGAUGAACUCAGCACCCUGUCCCAGGUUAUCCAUGCUGUAGCUGCCUUACUCUACCCGUUCACAUGGCAACACACCUUCAUCUCCAUUGUGCCUCAAGUUCUCAUAGAUGUUGUCAUGGCGCCCACUCCGUAUUUGCUGGGCGUUACAAGCAACAUGCUGGACUUGGUCAUUGACCAGAGUGAUGAUCUACUGAUCGUUAAUCUAUCAGACGGUGCACAGGAGAGGUUCAUCACACGGCUCGGGGACGAGGACACUAUCAUCCCACCCAAACUACAGGAGGAAUUACUGCAAGCGCUCAGUAUCAGACAACCAAACUCAACUGCUGAGGAGUUGAACAGGGUUAUCUCUGAGGCUUUCCUGUCUUUCUUUGUGACGACGGUUGGACACUUCGCAAGCCAUGUGAGGCGCGGAGGCAGUGCAGCCCAGCCCGGCCUCUUCAACAAAAAGAGCUUCUGCAAGGCCACAGAGCCCAAGGCCAACCGGCAUUUUGUUAAACACUUUGUGGAGACGCAAAUGUUUGAUAUCUUCAUGCAGGAAGUGGAAAAGCAUCCAAAUCGGGAAGGUUUCUUUCAUAAAAAAGUGGCUGAAUAUGAACAGAAAAGGAAAAGUGAGAAGGGCAAAGGUGGAUGGGGACGUGUGGGAUUGUAAGGACCUCAUCAUGACCAAAACACUGUCCGAUCACUGCUUUAUAAGCCCACCUUCUCAGUUCAUGCUAUUAGUUUGGUCUAAGGUGUAACCUUCUCUCUUUUAACCAAGGAGAUGGUGAGAGAGAGAGAUGGUGUGAGUCAGCUGAAAGUGCUUAGUGUUUUAUUACUCCUUGGCUGCUGUGAUGGUUUAACCUCAGCAAACUCAUAUGAAAGAGCAUUCCCGACAUGGUUUAACGUUUUUAGUUGUGCUCUUUCCUUGGAACAAUAUGUAAGAGGGCUUCAUGGGAAGCUUGUAGCUUGAGCUUCAAGUAUGCAAUUUGCCUUAAUAGGAUCAGGGAUAUUUAGGAAAUGUUAUUCUUUCUGAAGCACUGUCAUCACUUCAAUAAAAAUGUUCAGGGUAGCUGUUGCAUGUUAAAAAUUAGCUCACUUUUUUCCUAGUCUAUAGCAGACUCAAAGAAUACACUUAAUCCACAGUGUCAAAUUUAGAAGGAUAUUUAGUUGGAUGACAUGUAUAAUGUGAAUAUUUAAAGCACUUUUGUCGUGAAGAUUGUCAUCUGCUAAAUGAGAAUAUAAGGUGCUUGUUUUAAGCAUGUUCCUAUUUCCUAUUAGCUCAGUCAUUCUUAAGAUAUGGGAGGAAAACGUGGUUAUGGCUCUACCUGACAAAUCUUAAUAUUAAUAUAUGUGUCUCAAACAUCACAUUCUUGCAUCAAAUGUUGUCUCAAGUAUAACUGAGCCAUGUAAAACUUUUAUAUUUGAGUAUAAGAGUGUUACAUGUAAAAUAGCACUUUGUCUUAGUUUUGUAAAUAAAAUAUGAAAAAGUUAAA